CACGUGGCACGGGUCACGUGUAGCCCGUCAUGGCGGCCUCCAUGGCGGCGGCGGCGGCGAACCGCGGCUCCGUGACGCGGCGGCUGCUACGGGGAGCGGCGCGGAGCUUGAGCGGAGGCGGCGGCGGCGGCCGGGCCGCGGCGGAGGAGCCGGAGGCCGCCGUGGUGAACGUCGUCUUCGUGGACCGGGCUGGGCGUCACGUCCCGGUACGGGGCCGCGUCGGGGACAACGUGCUGCACCUGGCGCAGCGGCACGGGCUGGAGCUGGAGGGCGCCUGCGAGGCCUCGCUGGCCUGUUCUACCUGCCACGUCUAUGUCAGCGCUCCCCACCUCGACCGGCUCCCGGCCCCCGACGAGCGGGAAGACGACCUGCUGGACCAGGCCCCGCUGCUGCAGGAGAAUUCCCGCCUGGGCUGCCAGAUCCUGCUGACGCCGGAGCUGGAGGGGGCUCACUUCAUCCUCCCCAAGGUCACCCGCAACUUCUACGUGGACGGCCACGUCCCCAAACCCCACUGACAGCGGAGGGGGGGGGAACCCCCCCCAGCAGGAUGACACACCCCCCCAGCAGGAUGAAUCUACCCCCCAAAGCAGGGCACAGCCCGCCUUCGGGCGGUGAAGACCCCCCCACAUACACACACACCCCCCCCAAAGCAGGAGGAGACGCUGCGGGACAGCAGAGCUGGGGGGGGGGGACGACACACCGAUCCCGGGGUGGGGGCGACACCGGGCUCUGCCCUGCGUGCCCCCCCACGCCACCCCCCCCACUCUGGGGGCUCUGGAUUUGGGAUAACGAGCGUUGCGGUUUGUUAAUAAUAAAUCUCGUCUGAGCGGU